AUGGGCUACCUCCUCUACUCGCUCACCCUCUCCGUCCUCAUCGUCGGCACAAUCCUCAUCAUUUUCCGCAGCCGCUGGAUCCAUCUCGUCGCUCUGCCCGAGCACAUCUACCACCGCCUCCCGACCACCUUCCACGGCGACGCCGAACUCGGCCUGUCGUCCGCCGAUUUCAACCUCGCGUCCAAUAUCGUCGAAGGCGACAACCGCGGCGGGCUGGACGAGCGCGGCAAAAGAGAAGUGCUCAAGAUCAUGAGGAGCCAGCGCGUGGACUUCAACGAGGCGCGAAAGAUCUACAUGGAGAAGCGAUUUGCGAAGAAUAACAUUGGCCCCGACGGCAUGCCGAAAGACCCGAAAUUCGUUUCCUUUUCGUGA